UGGGUGGUAAUGUCUAACUUGUGAGGGUUCUUUUUAGUCUUCCUUUCUCUUUUCUUGUUUGAAUCAAUCCAACCUAUGCUGAUAUUAUGGUAAUUUUAAGGUCUUGGUAUCGUUUAUUUCAAACCCCAUGUGGAUACGUUUGAGGUUUGACUUGGUAUUUUAUCACAGAGCUCCGCGCUCCAGCUGCUAGCUCAUUAGCUUGCCAUGCUAACUCGUUGCGAAAAUCCUCAACAACAACAAUCUUGCACGGAAGCGGAUUAUUUAGCUGGUUAGCUAAAAGUUGAAGACACCGGGCGAUUUUAAGGGAAGCACAAUAAAUAAGGUUAAUAAAAUAAAGGAUGUCGAUUAAUUGCGAGGAGCCUGCGUUGACAGGGAGUUACAGUGUCGUGGGGUCGUUUCCCAAAAGUUUUGGUUAUGAGGUGGACGAAGCAGACAUGGAGGAGAGCUCCACACCGGCUGAUAAACCCAGGAUACUGCUGAUGGGGCUGAGACGGAGUGGAAAGUCAUCCAUCCAGAAGGUUGUAUUCCACAAAAUGUCACCCAAUGAGACUUUGUUCCUCGAGAGCACCAACAAAAUCUACAAGGACGACAUCUCCAGCAGCUCCUUCGUCAACUUCCAGAUCUGGGACUUUCCUGGACAGGUGGACUUUUUCGACCCCACGUUUGACAGUGAGAUGAUCUUCAAGGGAACCGGCGCUUUGAUCUUUGUCAUUGAUGCUCAGGAUGACUACGUGGAGGCUCUUGGGCGGUUGCAUCUCACUGUGUCCAGAGCUUACAAAGUGAAUCCAGACAUCAACUUUGAGGUGUUCAUCCAUAAAGUAGACGGCCUGUCGGACGACCACAAAAUAGAAACACAAAGAGACAUUCAUCAGAGGGCCAACGACGAUCUGGCAGAUGCCAACCUGGAGAGGGUUCAUCUCAGCUUCUACUUGACCAGUAUCUAUGACCACUCCAUAUUCGAGGCCUUCAGCAAAGUCGUCCAGAAGCUCAUUCCUCAGUUACCAACCUUGGAGAACCUUUUGAACAUUUUCAUAUCCCACUCUGGGAUUGAGAAAGCCUUCCUGUUUGAUGUUGUUAGCAAGAUCUACAUCGCCACAGACAGCUCACCUGUGGACAUGCAGUCCUAUGAACUCUGCUGUGAUAUGAUCGAUGUUGUCAUUGACGUCUCCUGCAUUUACGGACUAAUGGAGGGUGGCAGUGGCUGUGCGUAUGACAAGGAGUCUUUGGCUAUCAUCAAGCUCAACAACACUACAGUGCUUUAUUUGAAAGAGGUCACAAAGUUCCUCGCUCUCGUCUGCAUCCUCAGAGAGGAGAGCUUCGAGAGGAAAGGUUUGAUAGAGUACAAUUUUCAUUGCUUCCGAAAAGCCAUCCAUGAAGUGUUUGAAAUCGGCACCUCAGCGGAGGGAGCUGUCUGGAGACCAGUGAGCUCGUCCAGCAACGGCCUGAGUGGAUUAAAAUUUGCUCCCCUGAAUGGAAAUGCUGUUUAAAGCGCAAAGAGGAGACAAGUGACAGGUGUAAUUCUUUGGGCUACCUGACGUGCAGCGAGGCAGCACAUUGUGGAGAACUAAUAUGAAAGCACACAAGCCUCUUGUCCUGUACAUGUUGUCUCACUGUGUGCAGCUUAAUGUGAAUCCAUUAGAGAAGCAGCUCGUGAACUCAGAAGGAUGAUAAUGUAGCCUUGAACUUCCUGCAUAUGACUGAGUCACAGUUUGGAGGGCUGAAACAAGCUGUUGGGCUAAAUCUGAUCUACAUGGUUCUCCUCUGGUUUUAUAUAUAUAUAUAUAUAUAUAUAUAUAUAUUUAUAGAACUAAACAACCCAUUACUUUCUGCACAUGUAUUAGUAGUGAAUUGUCAAAGAUUCUGUCAGUUAUGUUUACCUUCUUGGCCAGUUUAUCCUGUGAACGCCGUAGUAUAAAACUACUUGUGAAGAUACUUCUGGUACAGUUUAAGUGCUUGCCGUCAAACUGAGCUCAGUGUAAACGCUCCAUUGACUUGACCAGCUACAUGGCGAACUGUAGUUCCACGAACUACACUUCACACUCUAAAACAGUACAAGCCUCUUUCAAGUUCCUGCUCGUUUUGCCUUGAAUUAUUGAGUUCUUUAAGUGGCUUUAAUCCCCUGUAUGAAAAACAAAUCCUGUCGAGCACAGUGUUUGUUCUUCAGAUUGUUUUCUGUUGAUAAUGAUUCAUGCGACCAGCGACCGGUGCUCUGCUCAGGAUCUCCUCAGACCAGAACUGUGCCAGUUACACCAUUAGAGCCUCGGUUGAUUAACAAAGGGGUCGACAACACGAUGGUCUUAAUGCAGUCCGGACAUAACUGAUGCUUUUCACUCUGACAGCCUGCCAUGCCUGCUGACAGCUGACUUUUUUCAUGAACAUAUUGGCCAAAUUUACUACACACAUUUUGUUAGUAGCAACUGUUUUGCUUUUUUGGUGUGAACGCUGAGUGGGACCUUGAAGAUUUAUUUUUAUUAU